GAAUAUAAUUUAAAUAAAAAAUUUUAAUUUCUUUAUUAUAAAGAAGAGAACAAAAAAACGAAUGAAACUGAAAAUAUUUUGUGGCGGCAUCUAUUUCCUUUCAAUCGUCUCGCUGAAAAGUAUUUUCAUUAAGAAAAUAUAACAGGAAGUGAAAUAAUUAUUACACAAAAAAAGUGAUAAUAUUUUCUUAAAAAAGAAUAAAUAUAUCAUAAAUUUAAGUGCAAUGUGCUGAUUUUCAUUUUAAAAAGAGAAUAUUCUAAGAAUGUACUAUUGACAGUAUAUAUAAGUAAAUUAUUUUGAUUACUGAUUAUAUACAAUUUCUAGAAAAUAACGGAUUAAUGGAAUUGUCAAUAUUGUUAUUAUCAAUUGAUAGUUGAGUUGUCAGUGAGAAAAAAAUGAUUAAAAAAAAAGAAUGAUAAUAAAAAAUACUGACAAAUGCAAUGUGACGCUACCAUAUUCAUUAUGUAGAUAUUUGCUGCUAAUAAGAAGUUUUUGAAAAAAAUGCAAAUCUGUUUGAAUUUCAACGAAUUGAAUACAUUCAAAAAAAUAGAUAUAUAUAUUGGAAAGUUAUAGAUGAAAUAUUUGUUCCGCAUAUACAUAUUAUAAGUAGUAGUUAUAGUAGUAAAUAGAUAAUAUACAUAAUAAUAUUACUAAUUUUCAUAUGCUGUGUUCAAAUUGCAUUAAUAUAAAAGUUCUAUAUGAUAACAAUUUUUCUCUCGAAUAGAAAAUUCUUUUAGCAAUACUGAUUGCUAGAAGAAAAAUGGCUUUGUAAGAAUCAUGAUAGAGAAUUUAAUGAUAUUUAAAGUAAUAGAAAAAAAAAGGUUAGAAUUGUUGAAGGAAACUUAGGGACUUUUAAUUUGAAUUUAUAACAUUGGAUGUGUGGAAUGUGAAGAUUUAGUACCACUAAUUCUCGCAUGGUGUACUCAAGUCGCAUUAAUGUAUAUAACUUUAUGUGACGUCACCUUUUCCCUACGGUAGGGAAUUCUUCUGGCAACGCUGCCGAUUAGUCGAUUACUUGCUAAAACAAUGGCUGCUACUUUCGAUCAAUAUGACAAGUCCAGUUGGUAUUUUGGUGCAAUGUCACGACAAGAUGCCUCGGAUUUACUUAUGGGUGAGAAAGAAGGUGGCGUAUUCUUAGUACGUGACAGCACAUCAAUACAAGGAGAUUUUGUUCUAUGUGUACGAGAAGACAGCAAGGUUAGCCAUUAUAUUAUAAAUAAAAUUCAACAGGGUGACCAAAUACGUUAUCGGAUUGGAGAUCAAACAUUUCCUGAUAUUCCCAACCUUUUGGCUUUUUACAAAUUACAUUAUUUGGACACAACGCCAUUGAUCAGGCCUGCACCUAAAAGAACACAGAGGGUAGUAGCAAAGUAUGAUUUUGAGGGCAAUGAUCCUGAUGAUUUACCUUUUAGAAAAGGAGAAAUUCUUACAAUUAUAUCAAAAGAUGAAGAGCAAUGGUGGACUGCUAGAAAUGCUCUAGGUCAAACUGGUUCAGUUCCAGUUCCAUAUGUUCAAAAGUAUGAAGAAGACAAUCACCCUGUGAUUGAAAAUAAUUCACGUCCAGAAAGUGGAGGAAGUUCAACUAUAAAUUCUACUAUAAAUUCAGUUCAAAUUUCUGCUUCUCAAAUGUCUUAUCCAGAAAGUGGACAAGGGACCACUCGUAGAUCGAAUAUUCAGAGAACAUUACCUGCUUUUGCAAAAGUAAAACAAGCAAGAGUACCAAAUGCAUAUGAUAAAACUGCUCUAAAAUUAGAAGUUGGAGAUGUGAUAAAAGUUACAAAGACUAAUAUAAAUGGUCAAUGGGAAGGUGAAUUGCAUGGCAAGGUUGGCCAUUUUCCAUUCACACAUGUUGAAUUUGUAGAUAAUGAGACUGGAGAAGACAAUCAAGAAAUUUAACGGAAGUCUUCCAUUGAAUAAAGAAAUUAAUUUGAAUAGUUUUA